UACAACGAACAACUCCUUUCAGACGGGCCGCUACUACCAUUCCGAACGGAACAAGGAGACUACUGGACCUCUUCUCAGGCCCAAUUUCUGCAUGACCCAAGUGUACAUUAUUCGUUUCCCGAGUUUAAGGGAAUUAAAGGUCGAUCCAAACUGCCACGUCAUUUCAAGAGCGUGCCUCGGCUUGCAAAGGGCUUGCACGCAUGGGAGCACCUACCUGUUCCAAACAAGGAAGAUCCUGCCAUGCAAACCGAUCAUACCAUUAUUUCUCACUACCGCACAUUCGCUGUACAUGUGAAACUUCUGGAGCAUGCAUACAACCAUUCCUAUUCAUUC